UUUUUAUUAGGAUGUAAACUAAAUAUAUGAUUAAGUUUAAAGUUUCUUCAAAGUAUGCAAAAUAAAAAAUAUGGAUAAAGAUCCUACAAAGUUAACAUCAUUUCAACCUCUGAAUCCUGUUUCUUCUUCGUCAUCAUUUUCAUUUUCUCGUUUUAUAACAUUUGGGCGUAAAAAAACCAGUCAGCCACCAAGAUUACCUAUUACACCAGAACUUUUGAGAAAAGAUUCAUUACUUAGCAAUGAAGAUUCUAGUGCUUUAGAAGAAGGUAGCAAUUCAGAAUCUAUUUAUGAAAAGAAAGAAAAUCUGUAUACCUGGCUUACAAGAAGUAGUUCAAACAAUGAGAAUACUAUUUCUUUAAGUAGUUCUACAAAUAAUUCUGGUAAAGAUAAAUGGAAAUACCGAAAUGUACGUACUAUUAUGCGAAGACUGAGUGCUCUAACCAUUGAUAGAAGGUGGCAUCAGAGUAAUGGUGAUUUCAAGCAUAAUUUUAAGCAGUAUUGGAUGCCAGAUGAACAUUGUAAAGAGUGUUAUGAGUGUUCCGAUAAGUUCAACACUUUUAGAAGGCGACACCAUUGUAGAGUAUGUGGUCAAAUUUUCUGUAGUCGAUGUUGCAGUCAAGAAGUACCUGGAAAAGUUAUGGGAUUUUCAGGUGAUAUUCGGGUCUGCAAUUAUUGUUGUAAUAUUGUGCAAGCCUACUUAAAUGAUGAAAAUUUUGAUAAAAGCAUAGCAGCACUUGGUGAAGAUUGGAGGAUAGGAAGUGACCAUAACUGCUUUUUAUAUGAUUAUGGAGGAAGUGCAAGCUCUGUAAAUUCUGCCAAGACAAAUCAAAUCAAAGAAGAUCCAUUUCGAAUGAAGCGUGCAACAAGCACCAACAGCUUGGCAACAAUUGAUCGAGCUACAACCCCUAUACAAAGAUCGCCAUUUGAUGCUUUUGGAGUUGCACCAAGUGAAGCAAACAACAUUAAGCAGGAUUAUCUCUUGCGUGAAUUAUGGCAUCAGAUUAGUGAUCCUCGAUCUGGUUUAGAAUUGCAAAGUCAUCGCUUUAGAAUGAAAACACAUCAUAAUUGCUUUAUAGGAAGUGAAUUGAUUGACUGGUUGCAAACUCACAACAAGUUUAAUUCAAGAUCACAGGCUGUUAAAGUUGUACAAGGCUUAUUAGAUGGUGGUUAUAUUGCUUGUGUUUAUGCUAAUGAAGAAAAUGUUUUUAAAGAUGAAUACAUGCUGUACCAACCUACAAAGAUGGCUUUAGCAGAAGCUGAAGUUGCAACCAUGAGUUCUCAGCUUCCUAAAGAUGAUGUUGAUCUAACCUGUUUAGAGAAAAACUUGACUGAUGAUGACGCAGAAGCACCGGAGUGGUUAAAACAAAUUACUCAUUCUGCUAUUGAGGAUGAAAAUGAAUCAGCUCAUCCUGUUCCUGGAGCAAAAACUGUUUCAGCUCGUUUAUUAGAUUUGGAUCAGGUUCCAAAUGAUACUGACCAGAAUAAAACAGAUUUAUCAAUUCAAAUGAAGCUAAAUGCUCAAGUUGUUGAUGAUGACAACAAAGAGCCGUUUGAUCAGGUUCCACAAAUUUCCUUAAUUACUAACCAACCACCUGUUCCAUUAGAUCAUUGGACUUUAGUUGAUGUAAAUGAACUAUCAAAGAAAAAAAAAAUUGCUAAACAAAACAGUUCAGCAGUUUUAAACGAAGAUGUAUUACUUGGAAUAUUAUUUCCACGGCCAAAUAUAAAAAAUGAAUUUCAAGAGGACAAUGCAGAAAACUCCAAUAAUAAUUAUUGUGAGCGACUUGCUAAAGAUAGAUUAUCUGCAGCUUCUCAGCAUCAUUUAAAGGCAAUGUUAGAGCAACUUUUAAAGCAAGAUCAUUUGUUACUUGAAUGGGAUAAAAUAAUUAUGCCAUUUAUAUCACAAGUUAGCGAAAUGGUAGUUCCUGAUGUCCACCGUGAUGAUGAUAUGGAUAUACGAAGGUAUGUCUGGUUUACAAAAGUACCGGGAGGUUUAAAGAGUGACUGUCAUUUAAUAAAUGGGGUUGUUUUCCCCAAGAAUGUUUCUCACAAACGAAUGAACACUGUAUUUACAUCUCCUAAAAUUCUUAUGAUGAGUUGUGCCAUUGAAUAUCAGCGAGUUGAAAAUAAAAUGGUAUCUCUUGAUCCAAUGGUAUUGCAGGAACAUGCAUUUCUACAAAAUUUUGUAAGAAGAGUUCUUGAUUUAAAACCAAACAUUCUCCUUGUGGAAAGAAAUGUAGCAUGUAAAGCACAAGAAAUGCUUCUAAAUGGUGGAAUAACUUUAGUUCACAAUAUCAAACCUCAUAUUAUGGAGAACAUAUCACGGUGUACUGGUGCUGACAUUUUGCCGACUAUGGAGCAAAUAACUAAACCAAGACUUGGAACAUGUCAAAGUUUUCGAAUAGAAAAAUUUAUGCUGCCAAAUGGUGAGGCUAAAUCUCUUAUGUACUUUGAAGGUUGUGCACCUGACCUUGGUUGUUCUUUAGUUUUGAGAGGCGGAAAUAUUAAAACUCUCAUAAAAGUGAAGAAAAUUAUUCAAUACCUUAUAUAUGUGGCAUACCAUUCCAAACUUGAGAUGAAAUUUCUUUUAGAUGAGUUAGCAAUGCCUCCAAGCCUUGAUCAACUACUACCAAAAUUAAAAUCUGCUUCUAGUUUGCAAGACAAAGAAAAUACAGAGGAUGGCGAUGCCAUAAAUGUUGAAAGUUCUGAUUCAGAAGCAAAGAAGUUUCAGAAAUGUCUUCAGAGAAUUAUAUUAUCAAGUUCACCUUUUCUCACAUACACUAUGCCUUAUCUUUUAACAGAAGAAGGUUCAAAAAGUAGUUGUAGGGACUUUAUAUCUGAUAGAAUAUACUGGUCGCGAUAUUUGGAUGGAUCUAUUUACAGGCCAGGUAAACUAAGAGAGGAUGACCAUGAAUGGGUUGAAAAUUCUGUUAAAAUUUCUUCUGAAGUAAGAAUAAAGCCUCCUCAUGUUUUCACUGAUCCUUCUGUUUUAAUUCAAUGUAUUGAUAAUGAAAAAAAAAGAGGAAAAUUACUAAAUGAUUAUCGCGCUCAGGGUGGAUGCAUUGAUUUAAAGAUGUUUCAAGACUACGAAGACCGCGAACGUAGAAAAAUUUAUGGAAUAAAAAUGAACUCACAAACUUCAAAUAAUUUAGAAUCUGAGAAAACUGACAAACCAACAUGCAAUGAAGGGGAUAGCAAAGAACUUCAUGAAAGCUCACCUGAUCCAAAGUUAGAUUGUUUUGAUGCAUACAAUCACCAAAAGAUAGCUGUAUUGUUCAGCAGUUACUCAAGUGAUUCAAGUAAUGCUCCAAAACCUUGCAUAAGUCCUUGGGCAGUAUUUAUGGAAUUUUAUGGACGUAACGACAUUACCUUGGGUGGAUUUUUAGAGAGAUAUUGCUUUCGACCAUCUUAUAUGUGUCCAUCUCACAAUUGUGAAGUUACCAUGGUUAAUCAUGUACGUUACUUUGCACACUGUGAUAGCUCAUUGUAUAUACACAUGCGAAACUUAGAGGCUCCAAUACCUGGUUAUGAUGGAACAAUACUUACCUGGAGUUGGUGUAAAAUAUGCAAGGAGGUUACAUCUGUAGUUCCAUUAUCAUUGGAAUCACAAUCUUUAUCGUUUGCAAAGUACUUAGAACUACGUUUUUAUGGCAACAAUUAUAUAAGAAGAGGUAGUUCUGAAUCUUGCUUUCAUUCUCUUCACCAUGAUCACAACCAGUAUUUCAGCUAUUCUAAUAUGGUUGCUUCAUUUAAGUAUCGUCCUAUUGAUUUAUAUGAAGUUAUUAUACCUCCUCAUUCUAUUACAAUUGGUAAACAGAGAAAUAUGACUUAUUUAAUAAAUGAAGUGGAGGAAAUUACUAGCAAAGUAGAUUAUGUGAAUAAUGUCAUAAUGGAACGAAUUCUUGAUUUAAAGGGUGAAGAUUUGAUGACUAACAAUGCACGAGAAUCUAAAAUAAAUGAUUUUAUUAGAGAUCUAGAAAAAGAACAUAGCAACAUAAAAGAUCUUCUAGAUGUAAUUAACUCUAAAGUUAAAAGUUUGUUAACCAAUGAUACGAUAAACAUUGAUGAAAGAGAUGAUUAUGAGUCGGAGGGUGUUUUACGUGAUGAAUCAGCGUUGACAAAUGAUGAAGUCCAAACAUUAAUGUUAAACAUAAGCAACAAGUUGUUUUAUUUGCAAAAAACUAUUUGUGACUCUGUCUAUAAUUGGAAUAUAAAAUUACAAGAUUUUAUUAUUCAAGAUAGAAAAAGAGAGAAAGUAAUCCGUGCAGCUUCACCAGUGAAAACAUCUGUUAUAAAUGAAACAAAUGAGUUUUACCCUGAAAACUCAAUGGACAUGGAGUUGACAAAACCCAGAACAAUUACGCGUUUAUCACUAAAAGAUCCUAUUGCUGAAGUUUGUUUAAAUAAUGGCACCAUAUUACGCCAAACAUAUAUAGGGACUACACCAGCAGUAUAUGGCUCUUCAGAUAGCGAAUCAACACCCUGGGCAAGUUCUUUAAAUUUGCAAUCAGAAGUAGAUGGAAUUGAUAGAAAUAGUAAUGAUACAGUUAAAGAUGUUAAUGACUCUGCAAUCGCAAAUAAAUUAGGUAGCCCAUAUACUAUAAUAGAAUCUUCCUCUUCUGUGCAAUCUAAAAGCCCAAAAAGUUUGCAUAUUGAUGAAAUGGGUAGUAAAGAAGAUGAUCUUGAAAUAAUUAAAAAUGGUGCAUUGGAAAAUGAAAACAUUGAAAUAAAUGACACAAAUAGUACUAACGAUAAUGUUGAUAAUCCACAUUUAUUGAGUUACAUUUCCAGUAUUGAUCAGAGUUUAAACUGUCAAUCAAUUUGUAAUGACAAUGAAUUUUCAGAAAAUAGGCUUUUAAAUACUGAUGAAGAGUCUAAUCUUUUAGAGAGUGAAAUUCAUCAAGAGACAGACUAUAUUGAAGAUUCUGUUAAUGAGUCCAGUGUUAUGCUUGGAGAAUCGGCAACUCAUUAUAAUAGUGAAUCUACAAUUUUGUUAGGGGAAUCAGCAUCACAUGAUGAGGACACGCAUGUAUUAGCAAAGCGUCGAAAAAUCUUUCCUAGUUUUACUGAGUUUCCUUAUCUCUUAGAAGAUAAACUGGAAAAAAUUGAGUACCUCACUCCAAAUGAAGUCAAAGCUAUGCAAUAUGCCAGGAGGAAAAGAGUUGAAUGGGAACAAAAAAUAACAAACAAAAAAACAACUCCAAUUGAUUUUCAAGUUGAUGAAGGCCUAGAGUUUGAAGCUGAUCAUUUCAAUAAUGUUAAAGAUAUUGAAACUUCAGACGAGAGCUUAAGCAAAAGAUCAGUUUCAACAGCGAGCAAUACAAAAACUUCUAAAAAAAAUAAGUUUUUAAAUCCAAAAAAAUUUUUUAAGUCUCAAUUAAGUUUAACAGACAAUUUGUCAAACAAAAAAAAUAAUAUUUCUGAAACUUCGAAUUAUGAAAGUGAUAAAGCACCUGUUUGUAAAACAAUUUUACCGAGUCCACCUACUGCUGCUAUUUGUACUACUGGAUCAACAACAUUUCAUAAGCAAAAGCUGAUUGGUCAUCGUCGGUUAAAGUCAGCACCAAGUUCUGUUGCCAAAAACACGGAAGAGAGCUUAAAACUAAUAAAUGAGCUUCUUAAAAACAAAACAUUAAAUGUUUCUUUUAAACGACAACGAAGUCAUUCAUUUGGUCUUGAAAAUAAAGAACAAAAAGAACUUAGUCAAAUGGCAGAGGCUGUUUGCAAAGAAGAUAGAAUAGACUCUGAAAGAGAUGAUCCUGAAGUGUUACAGUAUGAUGAAGGAUUGGUCAAUUCCGAACAAAGCUCUAAUAUCGCUGCAUUACAAGAGAUGUCUGGUUUUACAGACAAUACUGAUAUUUUGAAAAAAAAGAACAGGAUGGAUGUUGAUAGUCUUGAAUCAAAGUUUACAAACAGUGGAGAAAGCAUCAAUAAACGUGGUGGCAGUGAGAAAAUGAAGAAAAUUAUAUCAACAUUUCUUCCAGCUUUUACAUUUCAAACAAUUCCUCGUCCUUUCCCAUCCUACAUGCAUUACAUCGCCCAGACAGGUGUUACAGCUACUAUCAUUAUCAAUGAAAAAGAGCCUACAUCACUUAUAGCAUAUACUCUCAGCUGUCAAGAAUAUCAGAAUCAAUUAAAGAACAUACAAGACAUUUUGUCUGGAGUUAAACCUCAAGGUAGCAGCCUGCAUGGCACUCCAAUUUUACCAAGGAGUCAAAUUUCCCAACAAAACAGUUCAGCCAUGCUUUCGUCGUUAAAUGAUGUUCAAAAAGCUGAAGUGUUACUGCGGAGAAAUAUAAAUAAAAAAAAUCCAGUGCCACGUCCAAACUCAUGGGGUGGUUCUACUGAAAUAAAUGCAGAUUCAUUUCUUCCUGGCGGUGAACAUCAUCCUCUUACCCAUACUUCAAGUGAUGCAACUGCAGAUGAAGCUUCUGAUACUGACGUUUUGGAAGAAAGUGGGAAAUUAGGUGAAAUCAAAAAGAAAGACAAGCUAGUUGAUCAUCACAUAAAACUUCAGUUUCAAAAUGAAAACGUUGCGAAGUUUUACUGUAGUGUCUAUUAUGCAGAACAGUUUAGACAACUUCGAGAGUUAAUAUUUCCGGAAAAAGAAGAAAGAUACAUUCAAUCUUUGGCAAGAUGUAAAUUUUGGAAAGCAACUGGAGGAAAAUCUGGUUCUUCAUUUUCUAAAUCUCUAGAUGAUCGAUUUGUGAUGAAACAGAUGUCUCGCCUAGAAAUACAAUCAUUUGUAGAUUUUGCUCCUCGAUAUUUUGCUUAUAUUAACAAAGCUGUUAAAGAAAAAAGACCAACAGCUAUGGCGAAGUUACUUGGUGUAUAUAGAAUUGGGUUCAACAAUCCAGUUACCAACACAGCAAUGAGACAGGAUGUGCUUGUCAUGGAAAAUUUAUUUUAUGAGAAAAAAGUAAAUAAGAUUUUUGAUUUAAAAGGCUCUGUGCGAGGUAGAUAUGUGCAGACAUCGGCAAAAGAAGAUGUGUUGAUGGAUGAAAACCUUUUAGAAAUGAUCAGCGAAUCACCUUUGUUUAUUCGGCCUCAUAGUAAAGCAGUUUUAUCAAAGGCUAUUUACAAUGACACUGAGUUUCUUUCAUCGAAUAUGGUAAUGGAUUACUCGUUAUUAGUUGGAAUAGAUCAGACCAAUUGCAAACUAGUCGUGGGCAUUAUAGAUUAUAUCCGCACUUACACGUGGGAUAAAAGACUUGAGACCUGGGUAAAAUCAACUGGUAUUCUUGGAGGACAAGGCAAAAUGCCGACUGUGGUUUCGCCUGAAGUUUAUCGCACUCGUUUUACAGAAGCAAUGCAACGGUACUUUCUCAUGGUGCCAGAUAAGUGGACUGGAUUCGGUGCUGACCUAAAUUAAGACUUGUUUAAGACUUUUUUAUAAAAUGCUCGUUUUCUUAUCUAGGUUAUUUAUAAGGGGUUUUUUUUUGGAGAGUGAAUCACGUGUUCAUUCGCAUUGAAAAACUUUCGUCUGAUUUUGACUGCGUUUGUUUUGCUUUUCUCUCAGUCUUUUCAAGUACUAAAUUACAUAAUAAUACAAUACAUACAACGUUAUUUUUAUAAAAAUAUUUUUUAUUAAGUUACAUAUAAAAAUUACUAUAGCU